AUGGAAGAUCCAUGUUUUAACAACGUAUCUGAUGAGAUGAUACUUUCAAAUUGUGUACCAAGAUUUGUAAAAAGUACUGAAUCUAAUAUCAAAGCUUGCCUACAACGUUUAUCUGAUGGAUUGAAAUUGGUUCCGGAACAUUCGGAAAAAUCUUUCGUUACCUUAAAAGAAAUUGUUAAAGAGCUUGAACUUCAACGACAUGUAGAUUUUCAUAAUAAUAUUAUUCGCUUUUAUGGAAUUACAAAACAUGAGUCAAGUACUGAAAAUAUAUUUAAUCCAACAAAAAAUUAUUUGUUGCAUUCCUGUAGCGUAUUGAUUCAUCAAGAUUUUAUUAAGUUGGCGGAUUUUGGCUUAUCAAAAAGGAUUGAUGAAGCAUCUAAAUCACAAUCAAAAUUGUUUGGUAUGGUUCCCUAUAUUGAUCCAAAAUGGAAAACCCCAUUUCAUGAAGAGAAAUAUGAUUUUAGUUUAAUGUAUAAAAUUUCACAAGGUCGAAGGGAAACAACCGUUCCCAAUACUCCUAAUGAUUAUUCUAAUCUUUAUACUGAAUGUUGGAAUAAUGAACCAAGUAAACAGCCAGCUAUGCAUGAAGUUGUUAAUAAAUUAAGCAUAUUUAUUUCAAAUUCAGAUAACAUAACAAUUUAUCAACAGAAUGAUAUAGUAUCUGUUCCUGUACCAAAUGAAAAAAAUACAACCCCAAAUAGUACAGGAAAUUCAUUGCAUGGAGAAUUAUUUAAUAUGAAUAUAAGUGAGGUAGAUAGGAUAUUUACAAAUGAACGAAUUAAUGAAAACAUUACAUCUGAGAUUAACGAAAUAGUUGAUUUCAUUUUUGAAGAAGUUAAUAAAGAAUCCAUCUUUUUUCUUGGUUAUUUCAAUUAUACUGGAAUUGGAACGACCAAAGAUAAAGAGAAAGCAUACAAUUUAUUUAUUAAUGCAUCAGAAAAUAAUUAUAUAUUAGCACAAUAUUAUGUUGGAGAAUGUUAUAGAUUUGGAAUUAAAAAAGAUUUAAAAUUGGCUGCAUACUGGUAUAAAAAAGCCGCAAACAAUGGAAAUUUAAAAGUUAUGCAUAACCUUGGCCACCUAUAUAUAAAUGGGGAUAGUGUUGAUAAAAAUAAUCAAAGAGCUUUUGAAUUAUUCAAACAAUCAGCUGAAGGAGAAUUUUCAGGUGGAAUAACGAUGUUAGCUUAUCGUUACAGAGAUAUGAUGGCAAAGUUUAUUCUCGCAGUUAUGUAUGAAAAAGGAGAUGGAAUUGAAAAAGAUUUAAAUUUAUUGGAACAUAGGCAUGGCAAUUUCAAACACUAG